AUGCUGCGCUUCCUGGUGCCCCGCCUGCUUUGCCUCCGUGGCAGGACUGUGCCAUACUCGUCAGCAGCAGCCCUCCCAAGACCCAUCCUGAACCCAGACAUCCGCUAUAACCAGCUGUUCAUCAACAACGAGUGGCAAGAUGCAGUCAGCAAGAAGACCUUCCCUACAGUCAACCCCACUACAGGGGAGGUCAUCGGGCAUGUGGCUGAAGGGGACCAGGCUGAUGUGGAUCGGGCUGUGAAAGCAGCCCGGGAGGCCUUCCGCCUGGGGUCCCCUUGGCGCCGGAUGGAUGCCUCUGAGCGGGGUCAGCUGUUGAACCGCCUGGCUGACCUAGUGGAGCGGGACCGUGUCUACUUGGCCUCACUGGAGACCUUGGACAAUGGGAAGCCUUUCCAGGAAUCUUACGCCUUGGACCUGGAUGAGGUCAUUAAGGUAUACCGGUAUUUCGCCGGCUGGGCUGACAAGUGGCAUGGCAAGACCAUCCCAAUGGAUGGCGAGCAUUUCUGCUUCACCCGGCACGAGCCCGUUGGUGUCUGUGGCCAGAUAAUCCCAUGGAACUUCCCCUUGGUCAUGCAGGGCUGGAAGCUUGCCCCGGCGCUUGCCACAGGCAACACUGUGGUUAUGAAGGUCGCAGAGCAGACCCCCUUUUCUGCCCUGUACUUGGCCUCCCUCAUCAAGGAGGCAGGCUUCCCCCCUGGGGUGGUGAACAUCAUCACAGGCUACGGCCCAACAGCAGGAGCGGCCAUCGCCCACCACAUGGAUAUUGACAAAAUUGCCUUCACCGGCUCCACCGAGGUGGGCCACCUGAUCCAGAAGGCAGCCGGUGAUUCCAACCUCAAGAGAGUCACCCUGGAGCUGGGUGGCAAGAGCCCCAGCAUCGUGUUGGCCGAUGCCGACCUGGGCCAUGCCGUGCAGCAGUGCCAUGAAGCCCUCUUCUUCAACAUGGGCCAGUGCUGCUGUGCUGGUUCCCGCACCUUCGUAGAAGAGUCCAUCUACAACGAGUUCCUCGAGAGAACCGUGGAGAAGGCUAAGCAGAGGAAAGUUGGGAACCCCUUUGAGCUGGAUACCCAGCAGGGGCCCCAGGUGGACAAGGAGCAGUUUGAACGAAUCCUGGGCUACAUCCGGCUUGGCCAGAAGGAAGGGGCAAAACUCCUCUGCGGCGGGGAGCGUUUUGGGGAGCGCGGCUUCUUCAUCAAGCCUACAGUCUUUGGUGAUGUGCAGGAUGACAUGAGGAUUGCCAAGGAGGAGAUCUUCGGGCCUGUGCAGCCCCUGUUCAAGUUCAAGAAGAUUGAGGAGGUGAUUGAGAGAGCCAAUAACACCAGGUAUGGCUUGGCUGCUGCGGUGUUCACCCAGGACCUGGACAAGGCCAUGUACUUCACCCAAGCACUCCAAGCCGGGACCGUGUGGGUAAACACCUACAACAUUGUCACUUGCCACACGCCAUUUGGAGGCUUUAAGGAGUCUGGCAAUGGGAGAGAGCUGGGAGAGGAUGGUCUUAAGGCCUACACGGAGGUGAAGACAGUCACCAUCAAGGUUCCUCAAAAGAACUCGUAA